GGGCCAUUCAGUGUCAACACGUAAAGACAGAAGAGCAAUAGUGGCUAAAGAAGAGGGAAAAUUUAGAAACUAUAAUGUUGACAAAUAAAAUGAUACACAUGUACAUUGGGAAAAAAAACUAGAGCACCAACAAAUACAGAAUAAUAAAAAUAAAAGGCUAGCGUGGCGCUUACACAACAGCGAUGUAUUAUCCUCUAUUUGUUGCUAGAAGCUUGUUUCCAAUACUACUUCUACUAAAUUUGCUUAGCAAUGCUGUGAAUUUUUAGUACAGUUGCCUAUAACCUAUUUAGAAUAGCAAAAAAUUUACCUCGACAUGUUAAUAUUUAGUGCUGUUUCUAUUAGCGAUGUGAUUUUACUGAAAGUGUGGAUGCUUUUUUAAGGAAGUAUGGUACGGAAGCCCAUUAGUGCCAUUGCUCUUGCCUAUUCAUAAUUUUAAAAAAGUGAAUAAGCAAAUAACUAUUUUUUUCUUGGCUAGUCAUAUUUUCAAAAAAGUGAAUAGACGAGAAAAUUUAUUUACAUGGCUAUUCAAAAUUUUAAAAAACUGAAAAGCAAAUUAAAUUUUUUCGUUGGCUAGCCAUAUUUUCAAAAAAGUGAAUAGACGAGAAAAUUUAUUUACAUGGCUAUUCAAAAUUUUAAAAAACUGAAUAAGCAAAUUAUAUUUUUUCGUUGGCUAGCCAUAUUUUCAAAAAAGUGAAUAGACGGGAAUCUUUUUUCGCGUUUUUGGCUAUUCAUAAUUUUGAAAGUGAACUCGUUCGCAGAGGUUUUAUAAAAUAACGGUGGAGGAAUCCAGACAGAACAAGAAAAUAAAUAUGGCCGCCGCAAACACAGUGUCAGGGACAACUGCUACUACUGUGACAAAUGAAGAGAUAGUUUUAUUUGUAAAAGACAGAGGUUAUGAUACAGAUGUUUUGGACAAUAUUAAAAAAAGUCGAGUUUGUGGUGAUAGUAUGCAUUUGCUGAAUUCACAAGACUUCGAAGAAAUGGGUGUUGGACUGGCUGAUUCUCGACUUUUAAUGCAAAAAUUUUUAUAUGAAUUAAAAAAGGAUCAGUUAAAGAGUAUUGUAUCAUCAAUUCGGCAGGGAAGUAGUAAACGUCGUGUUGAAAGUAAAUGUAAAAGUAGUACCAUAUCCAUUGAGUUCAGUUGGCAAAACUUUGAAAAAAAGGGAUACAAAAACAAAUACAGCACAGUAAGAAUUGGUCAGGGAGGUGGACUAAGAAGAAACAAAUUUACUCGUGACACAUUGUUAUCACAGGUAUUAGAGCAUUUAAGGUCAGUCUUCUUUCCUAACGGUGAAAGCAAAGAGCAUGGGAGCAUAUCAUUGAUGAGAGUUACCUUAAUUGGAACCUUGAAUGAAAAUAUUGAGGAUCUUUCCAUAUCGUUACAGACAUAUAUUGACAAAAAUUCAUUGAAAACGAUAAAAUUCUACUUGCAAACUAAAUCACUUUCACUUGCUUUAAUGGAAGGGAUUCACAGUGAUAGCUCUGGAGAUGAUUUUGAGAUAAAUAACAAAGUAAGAAGAAAAGAAUCAACAAGUUUGGUAGGAUAUGAUGUGGAAAAUAUUUCUUCUGAUGAACAGCAAAAGAAUGGAAACAGUGAUGCAAAAGAAAGAAAGCAAAUAAUAAUAGAACAAGACAGAGAAUAUGCUCUCUUGGUGGCUGAAAAUUUUAAAAAAGAAAAUCAAAAAGCCUCAGCUUUGAAAUCUUUAGAAAGAAGACAACUUUUAAUAGACCAAGAUGAAAAAUUUGCUCAAUCUUUGGCUAAAGAUAAGGAAAAAGAAAAGCUAAAGAGUGACAAAGAGAAUGAAGUAACUUUAGGCCAAGGGAAUAAACUGAGGCUAGAAGGUCUGGUAGCAGAGGAGCCAACCUUGCAGGAAGAUUGCAUACUUUUGACUGUUAACCAUAUUGAAAGAGGAAGAGUACAAAGAUUAUUUCUAUCUUGUUCAAAAUUUCAGCAGGUGUACAUAUGGAUUGGCUCAAUAACCGAGAGUAGCAGAAAUUUUGUCUUAUCUUUCAGUCCUACAACAUAUAUUAAACCAGAAGAACUUGUAACUGUUGCUGACAACAAAGUGGUUAGCAUGACAUGGGAAAUUCAUGCAGUUUUUAAAUUAGAUGAUGACACAGUUGCACACAGUAGCAAAAUUUGUUGUCCAGUGUGUGGAAAACAACAAAGCUUAAAGGAAAUUGAGGCACACACAGCUGCCUGUGCGGAAAAUACUUAUAUUGAUCUAAUAGAUGAAAACAUAAUAAAAACCACCAUGGAAGAGGCUGAAAAUGAAGAAAAAGCUUUAUACGAAAAAACAUAUUGUCCUGCAACAUCCAAUGUGUUGAUCGAUCCUUGUGAGAUUGAAAUAAGAUUGAAAGAGGCUUUAGUCAACCUAAAUGUAAACACAAAUGGAAUUUCUUUAAAAGUACGACGUAAUCAUAUGUUUGCUGAUUUUUGUAAAAGAUUUAGCCGUCCAUGGAUUAGAGAACAUUUAGGUUCAAUGAUUGUUGUUACUUUCUAUGGUGAGUCAGGUGUAGAUCAGGGAGGUUUGAGAAGAGAAUUUUUUUCUGAUGCGAUGGAAGAGGGAAGGCAACAACUGUUUGUAGAGAGUGAUGAUGGUUACAUUCCUCGUAUCAACUGUUACGGAGAUAUAGCCAAUGAAACAUUUAAAUUGUAUGGCGAAUUAAUGGCAUCUUCAAUUGCAAUGACUGGUCCUGCUCCAAACUACUUCGCAAAAUGGGUUUACAAAUAUUUCAUACAUGGAACUAAAAGCAUAUUUGAUAGUGGACUUAAAAUGACGAAGGAUAAUAAAAUUGGAGAAGUUUAUUACAAGUUGGAGAAAAUAACUGAUGAAAAGGCUUUACAAGCAAUGCUUUCUUCUGAUGAUGGAAUGGAUGUAUUAUGUGAAAUCGGCUAUAAGGGAAUACCUCAAAGAGCAAAAAUGCAAGAUAGAGAUGCCAUAUUAAGGUCGAUUAUGCUGAAAGAAAAAUUGCAACCCGUGAUGCUUGUUCUUGAUCAGGUUACUGAAGGUUUAAGACUCUAUGGAGUUCUCCACACUGUGCGAUCCCAGCCUGACUUAUUUGAGUAUGUUUUUUGUACUAACAAGAAUCUGGAGUGGACAUACGAAAAAUUCGAAAAAUUUGCAGUACCAGUAUACAGUGAACACGGUUCAUCCAAAAAAGUGUUAGAAAUUGACACGUUUCAAUGCUUCAUGGAAUUUAUGGAAUUGCUAUUCUACGAGGGUGGAAGUGAUGGUUUACAACUGUGCGAUAUUUUAAAGUUUCUUUGUGGCGUGAAGUCCAUUCCUCCCCUCGGGUUGCCUUCUAAGUUGAAUAUCUUAUUCAAGCAUUGGUGCGCAGGGAAGUCGACGCGUUGUAGAUGCAAGCCGUCCGUAUCAACGUGUUCGUUAUCGUUAACACUGCCAGUACAUUACAAUACUGUUGAUUCAAUGAAAGAAGCGUUCAUUGAUGCUGUAAAAAUGACUUACGGAUUUGACUUAUAGAGAUGACAUUCUUGCGAUUUACUGUUCACGAAUUUGUGUAAAGCGUUAUAGUUAUGUUGCUUUAGUUGAAUAUUUUUUACUACAACCAGUAGUUUGUAUUUAUGUUGAUGAGAGAAAGAAGUUAUGUUUCUCUUUAUAUUUCAACGCGUCUAUGGACAAAACCUGUUGAACUAAAAAAGAUAGAAAUUCUAUAGAAAUAUAUUUUUUGUGUGCUA